AUGACCCUCGACAUGAUCACUGAUGUGAACGACGGGGAUGUCGAUGAGGACAUGGAUUCCGCGCUGAGGUCGAUCAUGACUAUGCACACGCGCAAAAUCCUCCACUACAAGCGUCUGCUUGAACGUGCGCAAGCGGCCACAGCAGCGCAACUGCACGCCUUACAGGCCGAGGUGCGCCAGCUACGGAAUAACCCGCAGGGAGGUGGCGCAGCACCAAUAGCCUGGGACGAAGACAAGUACUGCGUGUGCGGUGGCAAGAAACGGCGAGGAUACUGGGCCGGGUACCGGGAAGACGAUGAAGAUGAGGAAGAGGACGUUGAUUUGGUAGCGGCGCUGAAGGGCGAUGGCGUGGGUGGGUUCAACGAGAGGGCCGUGAGGAAGGCUCUGCGGAAGCUGUCGAGGGACGAUAGGAUGCGGUUGAUUGCAAUCAUCCUAGAGUCCUGCAUGCCCGGCGACAUCCGCCUGCAGAUUCUGCUACUCGAGAAGUACAUGAAGUCCACUUUCGAUAUCCUUGGCAGCCUCUCGCCAGACCUGUCGUUCCGCGUCCUCAAGUGGCUUAGUGUGAAGGAAUUGCUUGCUGUAGAGCCGGUCUCGAAGAAAUGGCAGGCUAUGGUGCACCACCCAGCUAUCUGGCGGCACCAUACCCUGCGUAUCACGGCGGCGGAUCCGGUGCCAGUCAAGCCGCCUGCGCAGCCUGAGGGAUGGGAGCCGUUGUACAAGUCACUACACCACCGCGAGUCGAACUUCUUCAAUGCACUGCCGCAGACGCUCCGCUUCUUGAACGGUCACACCAACUUCUGUACGACCUUGCUUUUGCGAGGCAAGCGCCUGAUCAGUGGCUCGUACGACGAGACCAUCCGCUUCUGGGAUAUCGAAACCGGCGAGAUGAAGAAGUGCUUGCCGGUCAAGAAGCCCGUCAGCUGCGUGGACUUCCUUGCGGAGGAAGAAGUUUUCGUAGUCGGCUUCCACGACGUUGGACGCGUUCACCUCUUCUCUUCCAUUACCUUCUCGCCCUUGCAGCAGCUCGCGGGACACCUGAACGGUAUUCGUGCGGUCGCGCUCUCGUCGAAGAACCUGGUCUCGGCUGGUGCCGAUAAGGCCCUGGUGUGCUGGGAUUGGCGCGCGGGCACGAAGAUCGUGCGGUUUGGGCAGCAGACGACGGUAAACAUUGGCGUGCAGCUUGUCGCUGGGACACCUGAUGAGGGAGAGCGAGUUGUCAGCGUCACAAUCGACGGCAUUGUGCGCGUCUUCAGCAUCAAGCGACGGGAGAUGAUCUCGCAGUUUAAGUUGUCCGAGCUCGCUGCUGGGGAUCCAUUCCUGCAGCCCAAGCUGUUCAAUGUGGGCUCGGCGCCGAACAACAUGCUUCAGUGGUUCGCUGCGAAGGGCAACCAGAUGACGUGCGCUACCAAGUCAAUCAUCAUGCAUUUGCAGUGGCAGGAAGGUGACGAGAAGCAGGCUGCGGAACACAACAAGGCGUCUGGCACCUCGACCUCGCCUGCUUCUCUGUCGCCACCGCCUAGCGCAGAACGUCCGCGCACCCUCUCUACGCUGAACCGCUCGGCAUCGUCUGCGCUCGGCCGCUCCACCUCCUCGGCAGUCUCAAGUGCGCGCCGCCAAUCUAUCCUCAACAGCUCCAGCAACUCGCCGACCAGCCCCUUGGCGACUAGCCAGGGCUCAAUGUCCAAAGCGCGCCUGAGCGUCAGCGGGAUCAACCCCUUCAACCCACGCGCUAGCACGCCUGGGAUGCCGGCGUCGCCCCGCGGCUCCACACCAGUGUCCUUCCCGGUGCGCUUCGGUCGUGCGACGAUCUUGACGGCGCCGCCAAAGCUCGUGAGCAUCGUCGUGACGCCGGAUGUGGCCGUUGGCGCUGUCGACCCGCUGAAGCGACGCGUCGUGACUGCUACGCGGUUCAGCUCGCGCGCGGGUGCGGAUAGGCGGAUCUUCGUCUCGACGCAUGUCGACAAGGACCACGAGCAAGGGAACGAGAGUCGGGAGGAGGAAGCGGACGGCGAGGAGCCCAACCCGCUGCGGGACCACCUGCCGCCCAUGCCCACCGUCGACAUCGACACGGAGAUCUCGCCGCUCAUGGGCGUCUGGGGCGAUCUUGCUCAGGGCGGCUCUGCGCGGGGCCUGCUCGGUAACCUCCCGCCCAAGUUCGCCGGGUUGGCGACGCCGGAGAAGAAUCCCAUGUCGAUGCAGCUGAGCCAUGAGGAGGUCGUCGUCGGUUGCGCGGAUGGGACGAUCUACGUCAUGAACUUCGUCGGAUACCAGUACCAGAAGGAGCGCACGACGCCGCUGGUGUCAAUGCAGUUCUCGCCGCCCCCGGAAGAGGACGAGGAUUCGAGCGAUUAG